AUGUUCAUUGAAGUUCAGCCCCACCAGGGUGACUGCCCAGCUUCAGAGGAGAGAGACAGUGUCAGGAGGAUCUGGGCUCUGUUGGUGGCUGGAGCAAUGGCCACCAACAGUGAUGAGGACCUGAAGGCUCAGUUCAUCCAACUGUACAGAGAGAACCUCCUGCUGAUGAUCAGGAACCUCAAACUGAACGAGGGGAUCUCCCCAUCUCGACUGGUUCACCUCCAGGAUAAGAAGAAAGAAGUCCAAGUGGUGCAUAAGGCUUUGGAGCAGAAGCAAGAGGAAUUCAAGGAGAGGAUGAAAGUGGUGACCCAGAGGUGGAAGGAGCUCCAGGCCAAGGAGGCAGAGCUGAAAACCCACAUGGAGGAUUCCAAGAGGCUUAUAAAGGAAAGUGAGGAGAUGCACAUGAGAGCUCUGAAAAAAGCCACUGAAGAGAGGGAGAAGAGGCUGCAAAAGGAGAGGGAGCUUUUGAGAGCUAAGAGGGACCUAGAAGCCCUGAGAACUGCCCGCCAGAAACUCUCCACCAAGGUGCAGAAGUACUCCAUCUUCUGUAAAUACCUGGAGGAUGUGGUGAAGAACUCAGAGUUUGAGGACAUCCAGGAGAUCGUUUUGCGCUACAAGACGCUGGUGAGGAUGCGCAAGGAUCUGCUGCAGUCCCAGCAGCAGCACCAGGAGGUGUCUGAGCAAACCAAGCUGCUCCUGGACCAGUACAAGGCAGAGAAAGAGGUGGAGAUGCUGCAGUACCAAAAGGAGCUCCAGGACCUCCAGCGUCUGGAGCAGAUCCAGAAUGAUGUCUGUCUCUGGGAAGGUCACUUGGCUGACAUCAAAAACACCACUUCCAAGAAAGCCCAGGAGCUGGCCACCAUCAGGACAGCCAUCUUCAGCCUCUUCCAGACUGUGAGCAUGCACAUGAAAGCAGCCCCCAAGGUGCCAGUGGAUGACUACCAGAGACAGCUGGACAUGGUUCAGAAGUUCAUCCAAGACCGCACAGACCUCCUUCUGAAGGUGAAAUGGUUGGACACACAGACCCAACACCGAGCAUCUCUGCCUCUGGAGAUAAAAGCAAGAAGCCAAGAGGACUCGAGCAGCCAGCCAAGGCUCAGCAGGGUGGGAGGGGCAAGAGCAAGACAAAGAGACCUACAGAAGAAGUAG